AUGAAAGUUCCGGGGAGACUGCAGAUCCGGAACAGACCACAACAGCUCCAACCCAACGGUGUCGUUCGGUCGCGCCGACCGAGGUUCACACAGCCACUACGGGGUCAGAACGGGGGCACAAGUAUUGCACAGCCUCCAGCUACACGACUGAAACCGUGGAUCAGAAGUCAGGUAUCCAUCAGGGGGGCAAUCGAGCGCCAGCCUCGGCAGCACGGGCCUUCACAGCAGCGGCCACAGCACUACAACUCUAAAAGACUCUCACCUGCCGCUGGUGUGGGAAGCAUCAGGCCACGAGGGUGGGUCCAACCUGCUGUCCGCACCCAAUCCAAGGGGAGGCAGUUGUUGAGGGUGCGUGCAUCCCGCCAAAGCCUGAGCAAUGGAAGGCUGGUGCAGGGGCAGGCCAUGCAGCCAUCUCACUAUUGUGACUUGCUGGAGCAUGCACCCGGUGGCAUCAGGAAACCUGUACGGCCUGCUGGGAGGACCAUUGGAAGGGCUGCUUCUGCACCAAUUCAACAGGCAAGGAGAGUGUCCACCACUGAUCUUUGCGCAAAAAAUAAGCAAUGUGGUAGCUAUGCAAGGAAUGCACGAAGGGGAGGAAGCAGGGGUUUCAGGAUGGGUGGCUUCAAGAUGACAACCCUGAGGCGGUGA